AUGUUCAGGCACUUGAAUUACACAUCAUCCUUCACUUUUAAUAAGAAUCAUGUAGGUAACAGAUUAUUGGAUAUUUGUGAGCAGACUCUCAAUUCCUGUAACAGUGAUCCCAUUCUGAAAUUAGAUCCUCACCCCAUUGUUCCAGUUUGUCAAGAUCUCUCAGAGCCUUCCCCCAUUCCAGCAGAUCAACACUCCCACCUAAACUCGGUGUCAUCUUUGAACAUACUGAGGAUGCAUUUAAAUCCCCUUGCCUCAGUCAUCGAUAAAGAUGCAAGCACUGUCCCUGAUACUGAGGCCUGGGGAACUCCACUAGAGAAGCUGGUCUUUCAAGAAGACAAUCAAAAUUUUCGGCAAAAAGAACAAAGUUUUCGUAUUGAGAACAAAGCCUACUAUUAGGAGAAUCUAAGUGUCCACAGACAGAACAAAGUCCUUUGGGAACAGAAUAAAAUCCUUCAAAGGAAGCAUAAGGACUCUUCAGAGGAAAUAAAGAACCUUGAGAAACAGCAAAAGUCUCGCCAACAAAAUAAAGCCCUCAGAGAAGAGAUUAAGUCUCUCAAAGGAUAUGAAUGAGCAUUUGCAUUGAAAGAAAAAGCUCUCCACAAUGAGAUUUUAGCUUUCUGAGAAAAACACAAAGCCUUCAAGGACCAUCUUAGAGCUCUUCAAGAGGACAACAAAGCCAUUCAGUUGGAGGAAAAAGCUGUUUGUGAAGAAAAAUUCUCCUCUCUCAGUGAGCAGAAAUUUGCUCUGCAAGAAGGGAAUAUGCGCCUUCAUAAGAAAAAGGCCCUAGGAGGUUAGGAGAAAGCUCUCCAAGAACAGCACAGAGACAUCUAUGAAUGGAAUAAGAUACUUCAAGAGAAGGAACAAUGUAAUAUAACUGAAGAACCAGGUGCUUUGGGAGAUUUUGCAUCAGGACUGAAGAGUUUAGAAAAAACAGUAUUUUUGUUGUCGCCCAAACAUCAGCAAGUAAUGGACGAAAAGAGGCAUCAAGCAGCCUGUUAG